GUAGAGGAGCCCGACCGUGGGGAAGACUGACGCGGCGCACCUGGAGUGGGGGGGGGGUGCUUCCUGCCGCAGACCCCGCCGGAAACGAGCCGGCCGGUUUGAAGGAGGAUCCGAAACAGCGAAGAGAUUUUUUUCCCCUUCUGCAUUUGACAGCACAUAGAAAGGGCCACCAUGCCUACUGUUGUGGUCAUGGAUGUGUCCCUCUCCAUGACCCGGCCGGUCUCGAUUGAAGGCUCUGAAGAAUAUCAGCGGAAGCAUUUAGCGGCCCACGGCCUGACGAUGCUUUUCGAGCACAUGGCCACCAACUACAAAUUGGAGUUUACCGCCUUGAUUGUGUUUUCAUCUCUCUGGGAGCUGAUGGUCCCCUUCACAAGAGACUACAACACUCUCCAGGAAGCCUUGAGUAAUAUAGACGAUUACGACAAAACGUGCUUGGAGUCAGCCCUGCUGGGAGUCUGCAGCAUCGUGCAGCAGGAGUGGGGCGCUGCCAUUCCUUGCCAGGUUGUCCUGGUCACCGAUGGCAGCUUGGGCAUUGGGAGGGGCUCCCUCCGCCACUCUCUGUCCACGCUCAGCCAGCGGAGUGAAAGCAACCGGUUCCCGCUGCCUUUUCCGUUUCCAUCCAAGCUUUACAUCAUGUGCAUGGCUAACCUCGAAGAGCUCCAAAGCUCCGAUUCUCUAGACUGCCUUGAACGGCUCAUUGACUUAAAUAACGGAGAAGGGCAGAUUUUUACCAUCGAUGGACCCCUUUGCUUGAAAAAUGUACAGUCCAUGUUCGGAAAGCUCAUAGAUGUGGCGUACACACCCUUCCACGCUGUGUUGAAAUGUGGCCACUUGUCCUCAGACGUGCAAGCUUUUCCCAGGCCGGAGCCAUUCGUUAUAGAUGAAGAAAUUGACCCGAUCCCUAAAACCAUUAACACAGAUUUGGAAAUUGUUGGCUUUAUUGACAUAGCAGAUAUCGCCAGCCCGCCGGUCCUGUCCAGACACCUGGUGUUGCCUAUCGCACUUAACAAAGAAGGAGACGAGAUGGGUCCAGGGAUCACCGAGGAUGUUGAAGAUGAGAAUUCAGCCAAUCAAAUCGCAGGAAAGAUCCCCAACUUCUGCGUGCUCCUUCACGGGAGUCUGAAAGUGGAAGGAAUGGUGGCUGUUGUUCAGUUGGGACACGAAUGGUACGGAAUGCUCUAUUCUCAAGCCGACAGCAAGAAAAAGUCCAACCUAAUGAUGUCUCUCUUUGAGCCAGGACCGGAGCCACUUCCUUGGCUGGGCAAGAUGGCCCAGCUGGGUCCCAUCUCAGAUGCGAAGGAGAACCCUUACGGGGAAGAUGACAACAAGAGCCCCUUCCCUUUGCAGCCCAAGAACAAGCGAAGCUACGCUCAGAACGUCACGGUGUGGAUUAAACCGAACGGCCUGCAGACGGACGUACAGAAGAUACUCAGGAAUGCAAGAAAACUCCCCGAGAAAACACUGACCUUCUAUAAGGAACUAAACCGGCUGCGAAAGGCCGCCUUAGCCUUUGGGUUUUUGGACCUGCUAAAAGGGGUGGCGGAUAUCCUGGAGAGAGAAUGCACCCUCCUGCCUGACACGGCGCACCCCGACGCGGCCUUCCAGCUCACCCACGCAGCCCAGCAGCUCAAAAUGGCCAGCUCCGGAUCUUCCGAGUACGCUACUUACGACCAUAACAUCACACCGUUGCAAACGGAUUUUUCUGGCAGUGGGACAGAGCGGAUGUGAGCCCCUCCUGGGCAGAGACUCUGUGGAGAUUCCACCUUCUAUAACAGGAGUGUCAAACCAGGGGUGAAAUGUAAAAUUUGUUAUUACCGUUUCUGUGGGCGUGGCUUGGUGGUGGGGUAAUGUGACUGGGUGGGCGUGGCCAACUUUUUUUUUUUACUUUUAAAAGCAUUUUUUUCUACAACCUCUCCGGCUGAAGAGGUUGUUUAAAAAAUGCUUUUAAAAGGCUCCUCUGGCGAUCCCAGCUGAGUUGCCUGAUGGUCAGAGGCUUUUCUUUUUUUAAAAAAAGCAUUAUUUUUUUUUUGCCUUUAAAAGAAAAAAAAGCCUCCGACGAUCAGGCAACUCAGCCGGGAUCGCCAGAGGAACCUUUUAAAAGCAUUAAGGGAUUGUAGAAAAAAAUGCUUUUAAAGGGUUCUGCCGAUCCCAGCUGAGAUACGCGAUCAUCGGAGGCUUUUUCUUUUUUUUACUUUUAAAAGCAUUUUUUCGGCCGAAGAAAAAAUGUUUUUAAAACUAAAAAAAAACAAAACCCAACCCUCUGAUGAUCAUGCGGCUUAGCUGGGCAUGGGGGAGGGGGAGGGCAGGGAUUUUUGUUAUCAGUUCUCCGAACCACCUGCCGCCAUUGCUACCGGAUCGGGCAAUUUGGUCCAAACCGGGAGCAUUUCCCCCGUGUCAAACUCAAUUUCAUUGAGGGCUGCAUCAGGGCUAUGGUUGAUCUCGGGUGGGGGGGGGAGGUGUCGGGGUGUGUAGCUAACUGGGUGGGUGUGGCCAGCUUGACGCCACUCCCCAAACUGCUGGCAUGUUUCCACUUUGCAUUUGGUGGACCGGACUGAAGUGACGCAGGCCAGCCCCUUAACAUUUUCCAGGCCGGCCCCCGUGGGCCAGAUCCGACCACAUCGCCUUGUGUUUGACACCCCUGUUCUAUAAAAUGUCGAGACCACUUUUUUCACCCAGAUGGGACUUUUAUUAAACUUACUCUGUUUGUA